AUGCAAGUGCAGUGCAGUCUGGUUGUGUUUUUACUCGGAGCUUGUCUCCUCAUCGAUCGAUGUGUUUUCGGCGAGAAUCAGGCGGAUAGAACGUGGAUACCUCAACUCAAGAAGCUGCGCAGGGAUUUACAAGAGUGCUAUCAGUCUGGGGUCACUCAGAGUCUGUGGUCAUGUUUCCGUUCGAGGAGUCUAAACAUGUUCGAGGGCAUUAUGACGUCUCCGGAGAUACCCAUUUACGAUGGAGUUCGCCUGGUGUCUGCUCUAGAUGUUGGCACUAAUUCUUCAAGUUUUGAGGAUGAACGCAAGGAUCUGAAGCACCUGACAUUCUUUGAUCAAUUGGCUGUGAGUCUGGCCAAGGGUUUGACCACUCACACACUUCAAGUGAACCUUGGAAAACUCACAGAGCGAUAUCUAAGCAGUGAAACUUCCACUGCCGAUCAAGUGGGUAGUGCUCGGGUGAGGAGACAUCGCUAUAAUAUGAUUAUUACCAUGAUGUUUGGUGUCACCGCUUUGGGAGCCAUCUUGGUGCCCAUGGGCUUUCAGAUGUUGUCAAUUGUGAGUGGAAAGGCAUUAUUGUUGGCCAAGAUGGCACUGCUAUUAGCCUCGAUUAAUGGAUUAAAGAGGGUUGCUAAUAGUGGACUUCACUAUGGACUCUACCAUAUGCCAGGGGAGCAUUUGGGAGGCUACUAUGAUCGAGGGGAUGUGAAUCAUCCCAGGAAUGUACCCAUUCCCGUGGCUGUGGCCCCAUCCUUGGAUAUGGGAUUGUAA